GCAACAUGCACAGAGAUCACUUUUCAACUUCCUCUCACUCGACACCGACAAAUGGGUCUGCUCUACUCGAAAGUCCUGGAUCGCCUCUUCGGCAAGAAAGAAAUGCGCCUCCUCAUGCUCGGCCUGGACGCGGCUGGGAAAACCACCAUCUUGUACAAAUUCAAACUUGGCGAAGUCGUCACUACGAUCCCCACGAUCGGAUUCAACCUUGAAACGGUCACGUACAAGAACAUUCAGUUCACGGUGUGGGACAUUGGCGGCCAAGACAAAAUCCGAGCGCUGUGGCGCCACUACUACGCCAACACAAACGGUCUGAUUUUUGUCGUCGACGCCAACGAUCGCAGUCGAGUGGCCACGGCCCGCGACGAGUUACACCGAACGUUAGCGCAAGACGAGCUUCAAGACGCGUGCGUCCUCGUGUUUGCAAACAAACAAGACCUCCCCAGUGCCAUGAGCGCCUCAGAGAUCACAGACAAGAUGGGGCUGGCGGGAUUGCGCAGCCGCCGAUGGUUUGUUCAAGGGUGCUGCGCAACCAGCGGCGAUGGCUUGUACGAGGGCCUGGACUGGAUUGCAAAAGCGUUGGAGACGAAGGGCUGAAUAGCCUUCGCCGUCCAUUGCCGACAAAGCUUUAGUUACAUCGUGUAUAUUUAGUUCAACAUCCACACUGAGACCGUACUUGAUUGGGAAUACCGCAAGGAGCAUAUCAAACGUGGCUUUUGAUGUCCG